GGAAGGAGGAAUCUCUUUGAGAGAAUUAUUAAUUGAAUUUAGCAAACCACUACUUCCUGUGGCAAGAGCCGGCAUAUUAUUUGCAGAAAUAUUGCACCUUCUCUGCAAACAAAUGAGCCAAAAGGAAGUGGAGGCCUUAUGGAGGGACUCUAAACUGAGCUGGGCUGAUUUUCUUCCUGAAACCGUGGAUGGGAACAACUUCAUUACUGAGCAGCCCUGAUGAAGUCUGAUGACCUGAAGAGGGUGGAACUGAGACUUCAGACAGCAGACGGACUUCUGAGGAGGAACAUCAGCACCACACGAGAGUAUUGGGUGACCUACGUUCCUGUGGUGGUGAACAUGACUGCGAGUUCUCCAGAAGAACAAAUGCUGUAUUAUUACAGUGCUCCAGUACAUGUGGUGCCUCCUCAGCAGUACUCAGUCCAUCCCACAGGAUUCAAUACAUGCUACACUCUACUCCCUGAACCUACUACCCCAACAAAUGUGUCUGCUGCAGGGAUGUUCUACUAUAAUGAUCAGGCCGUGUACAACCAGACUCCAUUCCCAAUGGUCCCUCCACUGCAGCAACAUCCAUCUACCAAGAGGAAGAGGAAAACGAUCGUUGUCCGAGAUCCUAACCAGGACAACAAGGACAUCACGGAGGAGAUCAUAUCAAAAGCUGGCAGGAGUCGGAAGCCCACUCUGCCAGUGGGAAAUGUCUUUUCCGUCCCUAUGCCUCUGCAGUUUCCAGCAGAUGAUAAGAUUUAUUUGGGACCGAAUUUCGGGGGACGACGGCUGAACUGGAAGAACGGCUGCGAUGGAGAAACUAGCGCUAGAGCCACAUCCGGAGCAUCAGUAAAACUGGACGCAGUGCCAGACUCGACUACAAACAAGCUGCGCUAUCAGAGGAGGAAAUGGAGAAACGCUCUAAAUCCAUUAUUGAGGAGUUUCUACACAUAAAUGAUUACAAAGAGGUCUCGCAUUGCGUGGAGGAACUGGACCAGG